AUGUAUUCGGGUAUUUCCCGAAGAAUAUUACCCAAGUGGGAUCAGUUCGUUACGUCGCAUUCGUCUCGUUCUACCUUUGCCUUUUCGAGAAAUCAUCAGGGAAACAUUAUCGCAUCAAAAUAUAUUAUACCCGCGAUUCCAAUCCAAAUAUUUAAUCGUGAUAAAUCUACUUCCAUAAAAUCUUCGACUUCGGCUAUCGAAUUUAAACUUACUCAUCCUCGUAAAAAAGCUCCUCCGUUACCUGUAUUCGAACCGAUAACUCCUUCGGCUGAAGAAGCUGUUACUAAUAUUUUAUAUAAUACGCCUGCUCCUUAUCCUUCCCCUCCGAAAAGACAUGUUCUAAAUUGUCUUGUACAGAAUGAACCUGGUGUACUUAGUAGAGUGAGCGGUAUUCUUGCCGGAAGAGGAUUUAACAUUGAUUCAUUGGUUGUGGCUAGUACCGAAGCUUCUGACUUAAGUAGAAUGACUAUCGUGUUACGUGGUCAUGAUGUGGUCAUUGAACAAGCAAGACGACAACUAGAAGAGUUGGUUCCUGUAUGGGCUGUACUUGAUUAUACGCAAACUUCAAUCGUAGAACGUGAAUUAUUGUUGGUUAAAUCUCCUGAUGCCACAUCCGUACUACCUGAUGAUUAUGCCGAUUAUAAAGCUAGACCAUUGACACCAUCUGAAGCGUUACGUCAAAAGCAUGCACAUCUUCGCGCAUUAAUUGAUCUUUGUAAAAUUUUUAAAGCUCAUGUAAUUGAUGUCGCUAAUGAUAAUGUUGUUAUCGAAUUGACUGCUAAACCCACUAGACUCGAUUCGUUCGUAAAAUUAUUAAAACCUUUUGGUAUUUUGGAAUCUGCAAGAAGUGGUAUGAUGGCACUUCCACGUACUCCACUUCUGGAUAAAAAAGCUUCUGUUAUUGAGGAAGAAGAAGAUGCUGGUGUGGAUGCUACUAUGUUACCACCUGGCUAA